AUGGCGCCGGAGAGAAAAGAAGCCUGCCACAAACAGGGGAGUGGCCUCGCCUCUGGAGGUUGUUCACGCCUGUCUGCGGUGAAACUCCUGUCAGGGCUGGGCGAUGGUGGCGCCGGCUGCACCCCUCCUGGCGUGGGCAGCCCACGGCUUAACCUUGGAGACGAUAUUGUGAAAGUUGUAAUCGAUUGGAGCAAGCUUCAAAGCACAUCAGCACUUCAGCCAGCGUUGCUUUUUAGUGCACUUCAGAAGCAUAUUUUAUGUUUGCAGCCUCUUUUAGAAAAGCUCCAGUCAUUGAUUAAAGAGGAAAAUACAGACCGUGUUGAACCUGCAGGUAAAACAGAAGGCCAAACUUGUGAAACAAGUUUAGACGUUUAUGAUGGUAACUGUCAGACUGAAGAAAAGUAUGCAAGUUAUGAGUUGGGAGAUCUGAAGGAUGCUCAUAUUAAUUUUGAUCCAGAGGUGGUCCAAAUAAAGGCUGGAAAAGCAGAAAUUGACAGGCGGAUAUCAGCCUUCAUCGAGAGGAAACAAGCUGAGAUCAAUGAAAAUAAUGUCAGGGAAUUUUGCAAUGUUAUUGAUUGUAAUCAAGAAAAUAGCUGUGCCAGAACAGAUGCAAUUUUCACACCCUAUCCUGGAUUUAAAAGCCAUAUAAAGGUUUCCAGGGUAGUAAAUACAUAUGGACCUCAGACUAGAUCUGAAGGAGCACAUGGGUCCAGUCACAAAGGCAGUGUACCCAUUCAUGAUUGUGGAAACCAAGCUGUUGAGGAGAGAUUGCAAAACAUUGAAGCGCACUUACGGUUACAAACAGGUGGUCCUGUACCAAGAGACAUUUAUCAGAGAAUUAAGAAGCUUGAAGAUAAAAUCCUUGAGCUGGAAGGACUGUCUCCUGAAUAUUUUCAACCUGUAAGCUGUUCUGGCAAGAGGAGAAAGGUUCAACCUCCCCACCAGAACUAUUCAUUGGCGGAACUUGAUGAAAAGAUCAAUGCUAUAAAACAGGCAUUACUGAGGAAAACAAAAGAAAGCAAGUCCAAAGAGGCUGAGCGGCUUCUUCGAUAAAAAAAAAAAAAGUCUUUUCAGAAUCCUGAUCACACUUUACACAUACCUAAACUGUAGACCUGAGUAGUGUUGGUCGGGGAUGACUUCAGCAAUGAAAGCGAAGCAUGCAUAUAAGCUCCUUUUGAAUGAUCUUGAAAGCGUUCUUUCAAAAGAACUAAUUUAAAAACAGUCUUAUUAAUAAAAUAGUUACUUUAAAAUGAAGAAUGUUUUAGGAAUAGCAUUCUAAUAAUCCAUUCCCUUCUGUUAUAAAGGAGGAUUGAAGCAUUAUUCGUAUGUGGAAAGUCUUAACCUACAUACAAAAAGCUACAUUUCACAUGUAAUUCUUAAUGAUUGAGUAUUCAAAAGGGCUGUCUUUUGAAUACUUUUCAUGUAAGUAGUUUGCAUAGACUUGUGAAAUAAAAUUAAA